GCCAAACGGCUUUUUGCUUUGUUAGGCCUACCCACACGGCAUCUGGCUAACUCUUGAUGUAAACGUAACCUGGAUAAUCCGUGUUUUGAUCCAUCAAUAUUUGUGUGUUAUAAAGCUCAUCGAAUCAGAUAUUGUAUAGUACACAAAUAAUUAUAUAUUCAUCUCUGCAUUUUUAUUUAUAUUUUUCGGAUAUCCUUCGUCCUGGAUUAUUUAUUUUUAUUUAAUGCCAUUGAUGAGAACGGAAGUCGUCAACAUACGCUGAGUGGCAGCUGCUAUCGGAGCAGUUCAAGCUGACAGAUCUGUGCAAACUCAACUGUGAUAAGCAUUUAUUUCGAUAUGCCUAGAAAACAAACUCUAGUUGCAAGGCGUGAUCUACCGAUAUUCAUAAAGCAGGAGCCUUCAGAUUCUGGAUCUAAUUCUCAAAAUUUGUUAAAUCUAGCAAGUAUUUAUCCACGCCAGACAACACAAAACACAUCAACAAAGACUGCUGAUUUCUCAUCGUAUGCUAAUACAGAAAUAAAGCUUGAAUUUGAGCACUCUUCUAAUGAUGCAAAUUUAUCGGGUUACCAGCUAGAUUUAAUUGAUGAAUUUGAUAAACCUCAGGUUAAAAGGAGAUUGGAAUUAGACAAUGAAGUCACGGUUGAGGGAUUUAAAACUCCAAAACCCUGCAGGAAAAGAAAAAGCCAGACAGAGUCACCUAGAGCAACCAGGUCGCCACUAGAAAAAACUCGCUAUGACACGUCUCUGGGACUUUUGACCAAAAAGUUUGUUGGGUUGUUGCGUAAUGCACCAGAUGGGGUUGUUGAUCUUAACAAAGCAUCUGAAAUUCUUGAAGUUCAGAAACGCAGAAUUUAUGACAUCACAAAUGUGUUGGAAGGAAUAAAUCUUAUCCAGAAAAAAUCAAAGAACAACAUCCAAUGGAGGGGAGCUGCCAACACAUUCACCACCACAGGAGAGCCGUCCAUACCACAGGUCACACAGAUCAGCACAGCAAGCGUAGACUUGCACUCAGCCAUGGCAGAAUUGAGGACCAAAGAAAAUGUCCUAGAUAAACUCAUCGCCAAUACCACAAGAGCUUUGAGGAAUAUGACAGAGGAUUCUGAGAAUGCACGAUUGGCUUAUGUGACGUACCAGGAUAUUAGAAGCUUGAAUUCUUUGCGUGAGCAAACUGUUAUAGCCAUUAAAGCCCCACCGGAGACAAGGCUAGAAGUCCCUGACCCUGAAAAUAAUAUCCAGAUCUGGCUGAAAAGUACCAGAGGUGCUAUUGAUGUGUUUCUGUGUCCUGAUGAUCUGCCUGGUGAUGAAUCCUCGUCCAGUUCUAGAAGUUCAGAUUCGACUGCUUCUGCCAGUGAUGGUGGCCAGGAUGAGGUUGACGGUCUUGCAUCUAGUGACUUGGGCAAUAAUGCUAAGCCAGGCCAGAGCAGACCUUAUUUUUCAACGGGUGAUCGAUUGUCUGAUCGUCUUAACAGUGCAGAGUCAAUCAAACAGGAACUUUUUUCAGAAGAGUCUUCAGCUGAUGAAACCCUUUUACUGUCUCCAGGCUGUGGAACAUCAUUAUUUCACACGACAGAUCAGGAUAUGCCCUUCAUGCACAUCAACCCUACUUUCAAUCUUGACGAGGACUACCUGUUUAAUGUUAAUGAGAACAGUUUCAAUGAACUAUUGGAUGCCUAUGAUCUGGGUCUAUAAAUUUUUCUUCGUUUGGUGUUGACUGUUCCAAAGACUAAGUGGAUUAAAUAGGAUCAUCUCAAAAACAAGCAAAAUAAAUGGCAUGGCACAGAAUACCAUGCUAAGUACCCCCUUCAUCAUUUAAACGCAUGUUUCUGAGUUGGCAGCCUUGUACACUUGGAAUAAAGUGAGUGAUGUUAUUUAAAUUAAAUAAAAUUAAUGUAAAUUAUUUAUGUCAGCUCUGCUUCAAGUAUCUGAUUAUUACUUUGUUGAGAAAUAUUCAUAAACACGUUUUUUUGUCUUUUUUCCUAUGUAAUAUUGAGUGUGAUUUAAUGUAAAGAUAUUUUGUUAUGUAAUUAUUUCUGAACACAUUUUUAUAGUGACACUUUGUUGAAGACAUGAAAGAAAAUGAUUUUUAUAAUUUAUUCUUGUUGUUGCUAAUUGAAUCUGUACAAUGCUAUGAUAAAAUCACCCUCCUCCAGCCCCAGGUGUCUAUUUAAAAAAACAAUUAGGUGUCUUGUACGUAGUUUCUUGUGCCUUAGAUUUUUUUAUUAUGCUCUCAUAUUGAGAAUAUACUUUUUUUUUUUUCAUCACCCAAAACAUUUUAAUGUACCUAAUCUGCUUGGUAAUUUGUUCCAUUCCUGCAGUUGUUUUUUUUUUCUUUUGAAGUUUUGUUUCUUGACUAUGUAAAUUAAGAGUUAUUUGGAGCUGAUGACUAAUACAAAUUAUUUAGAGAAAAGUGAACUGCAAGUCUAGGUAGAAGUUACAAAACUUAUUUUUAAAAUUCUACAAAUUAGAAAAACUCAUUAAAAAAGCUCACUCAUUCAUUAUUUAACAAAAACAAAAAACAUGAAUGAAGGUAUUCAUCAAUACAUGCAAAACAUUUAUAUUAUUUUUAUUUAAAAGUUUUCAACUUGAAAUUGAUUUAGUUUUGUCAAAAGUAUCUUUUAGUUUUUGAUAUACCUAUUUACAUUUUUUUUAAUAGAUUAGGAAACAUACAUACUUAAAAAAAAAUGGUUGCUUCUUGUUGCUCUACGCUAAGUUCAGUGAGGACUUGAUACCCUUACUUUGUUCAAGUCUCUCUUAAUGUAAAUAGUGCAAAGAAAAUAUUUGGCUGCUGAAAUCAGAUUGGCUGAAAACCUUGAAAGAUUUUUUUUGUUUAAAUUAUCAUUACAGUGAUAAAAUAAAUAUUUAUGAUGGUUAACCAUUGUCACAGUGUAUAAAUUGUCCUGAAUUUCUUAAAUUUUGUGUUCUGAUUUUAUGUCUGGUUUAAUUUAACAGUGAAACUUCAACCAUUUGUCUAAGUAACAGUCUUGGUAGGCUUUAUACAAGGGUUCUACAUGUAACCUUGUUAUUGAUAACUCAAGUGUUAAUGCCUAGUGUUCAAAUCUGAUAUGAAAUGUCCUUUCACUUCUAUGUACCAUUAUAAUUUUAAAUAUUUAUGGUGACUAAAUGGUAAAGCUUACCUCUUGGAAAGAGAAGAUAUCUAAUUAAGAUUCUUGUGGAAGCUGUGGUUUUUAAUUCAGUAUAUCAGAAUGUGACAUUUGAUGGUGAGGGCCUAUGUACACCACACCCUCAUAGCUGUUACCCACAGAAGUUGAACUGUUUUCCUGCCCCCACUCAGGCCCCCCAUUUCCUUAACACAUAAAGGAAUCAUUAAAGAAUAAUAGACUUUCUCUUUUUAAGGCACUGUGUUAUAGUCUUAUUUAUUUCAAGUAUAUCUAUGAGGUAUGUAUUGAAUCUGCUUCCCUUCUGCUGGAUAUUAAAUGUGAAGCUCCUAAGAACUUCUGACUCUGUGAUAAUCUGUCACUCACCUCCACUAUUCACAACACAUUUCUAGAUGUGGUCUUCACACUAGCUGCACACAUAGAAAAAUACUUGUUUCAUUCCUGUCACAGCAAACAGCUGUAGUUGUAAAGUGUACCGGUAGCCUCAAGAAUACUUCCACAUAAUUAUUUUGUUUGCAAAACCACAAAAGAUUUGUUUAAUAUCCUUCCUUAAAUUGUGUUCUGGGCAUUUUUUAUUUUGAUACUUGUACAAAUGGGUUAAUAGUUUUUGUAUUUGAGAAGUUAAAAUCUAUUGAUUAAAAAAUCAGUUUCUUUUUUUAUUUGGAUGAUGUCUAGGUUAAAUUUGUUCAUGUUGCGGUGCUUUCAGUUGUUAAAAUGAGUCAUAAGUUCAUUCAUAAGUCUUGUUCUUGUAUUGGAUAGUCAGCUAAAUGGCAUUUAUCUGUUCCAUUUCCUAUUUUCUCAGUCAGUGACAGUAUUGUAUGUCACACUAGUAGUAACUGGUAAUGUGCAUUUGUUUUGUAUGGCUUUUCUAUUAUUCAAUUAAUCCAACAUGAGGUUAUUAUGUAUAUAAUGUAAAUAUUCAUUGGACACAAUACCACAGUGAAGAGGUUUCUCAUGGCCCUGUCCUCCCACAAAGAUGAGAUCAUAGAUCCAGAAAUUAGGCUAAGGUACCAAACUAGUUUGGACACUUUUGUUUUGUCAACACCAUAUAUUUUAUUGGUAGGCUCUUAAUGUGGACACUCAUUAAAACUUGUACUUCCAAUAGAAUUAAGAUCAUUGUUCAUGCAUAUUUAUACUUUUUAUUCAUCUGGCACUUAAUCAUUUAAUUUAGCUCCUUGUGAUCAUUUGUUUAUAUUCAUUUAGUUUUCUAAUUUGUCUGAUUACAUUGGUCUGUAUCACACUGACAUUUUAUGUUCAAAUUUGAGUCGUUAUAGAGUUCAGAGCAGAAACAAAAAUGUGUUCCAGUAUCAAGUGUUCGCCAAUCUAUUUUUUUUUUUUUUUUGGGGGGGGGGGUUUUGAAGGGGACUUCCACAUGUUAAAAUAUAUAUUAUUUAUGUUACAGUAAUGUACAAUAAAAUGUUUUUAAAUAAUGUAAUAGUUGUAUAUCACUCAUACUUUAGUAGAACUAGAAAACUAUAACUUUAUUGUAAGCCUUUAGACACUUAAAUGUAUUUUGCCAUAAUGGGAAGUCUUUGGUUUAGCCAAGUCAAUAUGAGUGUGUAGCUUUUGUUAGAAGGCAAGAUGGUCGGCCUAAAGCAGCACUUGUACAACCAGCUAUCAGGUCAACCCUGUGUUCUAUACAGAGUGGUGUGUGUUAGUUUUAUUGGACAAUUUGUGCAUCCUGCAUGACAAUGUAUUCUAAUUAAUUUAGAGAAAAAGUCUAAAAAAAAAUUAUGUACAAAUUUUUAGUUUCUAAAAUGUUAAUUUUUAAGUAAAAUGUUUACCAAGAUACAUGUUAGUGAGCCAAAGGUGUCCUAUGUUGUUUUGUUUUUAGACAGCAUUUAAUUUUUAUAGCAGUGUUCUUAUUUGAUAUUUUAAACCUUUUUCUUUGCUGUAUUUUUACUUUUGUAAUUAUGAAUGUAGGUUUAGAAUGCAUAUAUUUAUUUUUAAAAGAAUUGUUUACAUAAUAUUUUUUUUUUUUUUUUUUUGAGAUCUUGGUUUGAUUUAUUUUUAGUUUUUCUGGCCAAUGUAUGUUGAAUUAUAAUGAGGCUCUGUGUAUAGAUUGAAAGUAAUAAAAAAAUGUAAGGGAAAUACAUAGCAUAAACUUAAAACAUGACUAGCUGUAAUCCAGACACUUUAAAAUAACCUUACCAACAGCUAUGUUGUUGUUUUUCUUUUAUCGAACAGUUGCAACAUCAGAAUAGCACAGCAUUAGCUUUGGAGAAGUUUUAAAAAACAUUUUGAUACAAGAUGUUUAACUAUAGUGGUUCUUGUGGUGUUUUUUUUUUCUAUAUUCACUAGACUGGUAAAGAGAACAAAUUGUCCAACUGCUAGCUUAAUGGAUAGUAGGGUGCUUUCCUGCAUACUAGAUCAACUAUUUUAAUUAGGGUAGUUCUAUAGAAUUCUAUUUAUGCCAAGAGUUCCUUGUCCCCAGUAUAAAGUGGGGAAACAAUCCAGCUGUUGCAGAAUGUGUAUAAUAGAAAUGUAAAUAGUAUGAAGUUUUGUCAUGAAUUCUUGGGGGAAGUAAGUUAACCUGAUGUAACAUGUGAAUGACUUAUGUCCCUUGAACGAAUGAUAGCCUUCUCUGUCUCUGUGUGUUGUGUUGUGGGUAUUGAGAAAGUAUUUGCAAUUAAAACAUUUGUGAUUUAUGUUUUAUGUGUGGAGAAAUGAUCGAAUAGAUGCUGCAUUCCUGAAAUGAUUCUACAAUAUCAAAGACAAAAAAAAUGUUAUAUUUUCAACACAACAUGCUGUUUUCAUUGCCAUGAUUCUAUUUUGUAAACUGGACCAAAUAAAGAGACCAUUUAUACAUUUUAUAGUGCA